CAGCGGUGAUCUGUUCUUUUUAAUUCCCCCUCACGUUUCCAGUAUCGCUGUUGAUAUCUUUAGGGCGCAGAGAUGAGGGACGUGACCGGAUUCCUACAGCUGCAGCAAAGCCAGAGCUCGGCCCCUGAGACAGCGGCAAUUUGGCACCGGCUGGAGGAGCUUUACAACAAGAAGCUUUGGCAUCAGCUGACAUUGCAACUGCUAGACUUUGUGCAAGAUCCAGAGUGCUCUAAAGGAGAUGGACUCAUUAAGAUAUACGAGAACUUUAUCAGUGAUUUUGAGCACAGAAUUAACCCAUUGUCUUUGGUAGAAAUCAUUCUGCACGUGGUCAGACAGAUGACAGAUCCCACAGUGGCUCUGAAUUUCCUGGAGAAAACUCGGGAGAAGGUCAAAAGCAGUGAUGAAGCCGUGAUACUGUGCAGGACAGCCAUCGGAGCCCUAAAACUGAACAUUGGAGAGCUGCCGGCCACAAAGGAAACCAUUGAGGCAGUGGAAGAGAUGUUAGGCUCACUCCCUGGUGUAACCUCUGUGCACAGCCGAUUCUAUGACCUCUCCAGCAAGUAUUAUCAGACAAUUGGAAAUCAUGCCUCUUACUACAAAGAUGCAUUGCGCUAUCUAGGUUGCACAGAUCACAAGGACCUCUCUGUCACAGAACAGCAAGACAGAGCCUUUACCCUGGGACUGGCAGGUCUGCUGGGAGAUGGAGUCUACAACUUUGGAGAGCUACUGAUGCAUCCAGUACUGGAAUCUCUGCGCAACUCUGACCGGCAGUGGCUCAUAGACACUCUCUAUGCCUUCAACAGCGGCAACGUGGAGACUUUCCGUGCACUGAAAACUGCUUGGGGACAGCAGCCUGAUCUUGCUGCUAAUGAACCACUUUUGCUAAAGAAAAUCCAGUUACUUUGUCUCAUGGAGAUGACCUUUACACGUCCUGCCAAUCACCGCCAGCUCACCUUUGAAGAAAUCGCUAAGAGCGCACAGGUCAUUGUUAAUGAUGUGGAGCUUCUGGUGAUGAAGGCCCUGUCAGUGGGGCUGCUCCGGGGCAGUAUUGAUGAGGUAGACAAGAGAGUGCACAUCACUUGGGUGCAGCCACGGGUCCUAGAUCUACAGCAGAUCAAGGGAAUGAAAGACCGCCUAGAGCACUGGUGCACAGACGUGAAGAGUAUGGAAAUGCUUGUAGAACACCAAGCUCAUGACAUCUUGACGUAAAUCUCUCUUCUCUGUAUCAUAAAGCAGAGACUACACCUGUGCCCUCUCCAUUAAGGGACGCCGCUUUCAGUGUAGGGGGAGGAAUAAAGGAGUAAAAUGGGAGCAGCCUGGUCCCACCUGAUGUUUGAAACAUCUGACCUGUUUUAUUUGUGGCUUUUUUUCAAUAGGAAACGGCCUCUUUGUUAUAAUAUGGGAUGUGUGUCUGCACCGAGAUCACAACAAGAAAUAAACCAUUUCUGUAAA